AUGAAUGAUGAAUUUCAAAACGUAUCAAUCAAUUCAAUCAAGAAUAUAAUUGAUUUCCCAACAUUAGAUGAUUUAUCAACAUCACCAUCAGAAAUAGAUAAUGAUAUUCAAAUACUAUUAGAUUGGAUUCAACCAAUAAUACCUGAAAAUAUCAUAAAAAAUUCUCAAACUAUAACUAAAGUACCUCAUCACCAUCAUAGAUUACUACGAUCUAGAAAAAAUCAACAUCACGAUGAAACUAUAGAAUCAAGAUUUUUAUUACCAAAAUAUUCUGAACCAUCAAAUAGAAUUAAAUUAGCUAUAAAAAGUUGUUUUAAAAAUGAAAUUGAUCAAUUUAAAUUUAUUGAUAUUUAUAUUAAUUCUUUUAGUAAAAAAAUAAGAGAAAUACCAGAAUCUACUUUAUCAGGAUUAUCAUUCACUGAAUAUAUGGAUUUAAUAAAACUAAUUUUACAUCAUUGUGAAUAUCAUAUUGAUCAUUUUAAUUUCACAAAUCAAGUUAAAAAUGUAUUUUAUAAUAAAUUUUAUUCAAAUUUUACUUCAUUCUUAUUUGAAAAUACUAAUUUCAAUAACCAAUUAACAAAAUUUUUUGAAGAUUCAUUUUUACAUAAACGUACUUUUUCAGAUCCUCAUUCAUCAACAAUUCAAACUAUAACAUUAAAUAUAAUUGAUGUUAUUUCAACAUUAGUUAAAAUCAAUUUAUCAAAUAAAUUAAAUGAAAUUAUUAUUCAAUUAUCAAUUAUAAAAAUUAAAAAUUAUACUUUACAAAUUUCUUCAGGAGUUUGGGAUAAACCAUUAUUAAAUUUAAUUGAUUCAUUUAUUCAAAAUGAAAUAUAUCCUAAUUUUUCAAUAUUUGUUACUUAUACUACAUCUUCAAAUUUAACAGAUUCAAUGAAUAAUAUUUAUUAUUAUGAAUUAAUGAAAAUAGCUCAUAAUGAAUUAAUAUCUCAAAGAAUUAAAGAAAUUUAUUCUUUAGUUAUAACUUACCCCAAUAGUGAAAUAGCAUUGAAUGAAUUAUAUAAUUGUUUACUGAGAAACAGAAUAGAAACUCAUCAAGAUGAUCGAAUAGAUAUGUCAUCAAUAUCAAUCUUAUCAAUGGUUGAUGAAUAUUCAUCUCAUUCUCAAGCAAUGAAUAGAAGUAAAUUAGUUGAAAGUUUUAUUAAAAAUUGUAAAGAAAAUUUACUUCAUGCUGGAGCAAAUACAAUUGAUGUAAUCCUUGCAUAUACUAAAACAAUUAAAUCAUUUUUAUUAAUUGAUCCAAGAGGUGUUCUAUUAGAUAAAGUAGUAAGACCAAUACGUGAAUAUUUAAAAUUGAGAGAUGAUAUUAUAGUAAAAUUAGUUCAUGGUUUAUUAGAUACUUCAGAAUCAAAUCCAUUAAAAGAAUUACCAAAAGAAUUAAGUAAUCCAAAUAAACAACCAAAUUCAACAAAUCAUAUAAAAGAUGUAAUGGAAGAUUCAAUGGAUUUAAAUUGGACUCCAGAUCCAAUUGAUGCAUUACCUGAUUUUAAAAAGGAUAAAAUUAAUGAUAUUAUAGAAUCAAUAUUAUCAAUAUUUGAAUCAAAAGAAAUAUUUAUUGAAGAAUUUACAAAAUUAUUUGGUGAUCAAAUAAUAAAAUCCAAAAAUUUUAAUGUUGAAGAAAUUGAAACAAAAUUAAAUUUAUUAAAAUUAAGAUUUGGUAAAAAUAAUUUUAAUAUUUUGGAUAUAAUGUUAAAAGAUAUUCAUACAAGUUCAAAUUUACAUAAUGAAUUUCGUGAUAAAUCUAAUCAAAUUGUUGUUCUAUCACAUUUAUAUUGGAAUACAAUUUUAGAUAAUAUAAAUGAAGAUUUAAAUUUUAAUUUACCUCCAAAUAUUGAAAAGAUCUUCAAGAAGUAUCAAACAAAAUAUUCAAAAUUAAAACAAGGUAGAACUUUAAAAUUAAUUCCAAGUUUAGGUAAAGUUAAAAUUGAAUUAAAAUUUAAAAAAGAUAAAAAAAUAUUUGAAGUAAGUCCUGAUAAAGCUUCAAUAAUUUAUUUAUUUAAUGAUACAAAUAAAGAAUUAUCAGUUGAUUAUAUAGCUGAAACUUUGAAAAUGCCAAAUUAUUUAGUUACUGAUGGGUUAUCGUUUUGGGAAAAAGAAGGUGUACUAUUUGCUCUAACAAAAACAUUAUAUAUGGUCAAUGAAGAAGAAGAAGAAGAAAAUUACGCUGUAUAA